AUGGGUUGCGGAUCUGUUAAGCCAGUGAAUGUCUUAGAAACAGAAUAAUUAAAUUCAUCGAAAAUUCAUUCAAGAACUAGUUCGAUUUCUGAAGGCCACACAGAUAUCACCAAGUUAUACAGAAGAGCAAACUAUCUCAUACAAAAUGAGAAAUACGAGCAAUCUACCUAGUUAUUAAAUCGAAUUUUGGAAACUGAUCCUGAUUUCGUAAAUGCUAUUUAUUCAAAGGGUAUUGUUGAACUUUGUUAAAAUAAGUUGGACAAGGCAAAGAAAUAUUUUCUAACUUCCCUUGAGAAAUAACCAAACCAUGCUCUUGCUCUCAAUGAAUUAGCUAGUUUAAUGAUCAAAGAAAAAUAGUACAAUGAAGCAUUACUGAAUUUGGAAAAAGGAUUCCAGAUUGAUCCAAAUAUACCAGACUUAAACUAUGGUUUAGGCUAUGUUUUAGCAAGAUUAAAGCGAAAAACCGAGGCCAUCCAAUAUUUUGAUAUGGCGAUAAAAUAAGACCCAAAUCAAAAACAUUUCUAUGUUAGUAAAGCGACUACCUUAUCAGAUUUAAAAUAAUUUGAUAAAGCUUUGGAAGCAGUUUAAAUAGCCCUCAAAAUUGAUCCUCAAUAUAUCGAUGGCUAUUAAGUAUUAGCAUAUAUAUAUCGCCAUUAAAAAUAAUAUGAUAAGAUGGAGGAAGCAUGUGAUGUAGUUCUUAAACUAGAUGCUUAAAAUUAAUAUGCAUUAAAUUGCAAACAAGAAAGCAAAAAAUAAAAUUAAUUAAAGUAACCACCGGUUCCAUUGGAGUCCAUUUCUGUUGAAGACUAAUUGAAAGAAGUAAGGAAUCUGCAAGUAGGUCAACAGCACACUUUGGCUUUGAGUCUCUUAAAUUAGAUUUUGGAAAAAGACCCUGUUCAAUUAGAUGCACUAAAAUUAAAAGCUUAAAUAUAAAUUGAAUUAAAAUAAUAAGCAAGUGGUCUUGUAACCCUGAAUUAAAUUCUCAGCAUCCAACAGAAUGACUUAGAUGCAUUAAAAGAAAAGGGUAUCAACAUUCAUUCUAUGGAUCUAGUGAAAAUCUUAGAAUAUAUGAACAAAAGCGAAGAAGUUUUGAAAUGCUAUGAAUUGAUCCUUUCGAAAGAAACAAACUUUGAAUUUUUGGAGAAGAAAGCCUCUACUUUAAUAAAACUGAAUAGACUUUAAGAAGCAUCAAAGAUUUACGAAUAUUUAUAAUCAUAAUCAAAUUAGAAUGAUUCAAAAAUAUUUAUUAUUAGAGGGAGGUUGUUUUAAGCAUAAAAAAAAUAUGAAGAUGCCAUCAUUUGUUUGAAUGAUGGAUUAACUAAAUUCCCUUAAAAUUUAGAAAUCUUGGAUUUGUUAGCAUAAAUGUAUAAAAUUACAAAGAAAGAAUAAAAAGCACUUGAAAUUUAUGAAAAAAUAUUAAGUAUUGAUACAACCAAUGAAUAAUACUUAUAUGAAAAAGGUUCUAUAUUAUUUAAUUAAAAAAACUAUAAUGAAUCAUUUGAUAUAUUUUUAGAGUUGAAAAAUAGCGAAUAUGCUUAAAAUCUUAAUUAUUACCUUGGAUUUUGUUACAAUUAAAAGAAAGAAUAUGUGGAAGCAUUAAAAUAAUUAAAUUUAUAUCUUAAAACUGGAAAGGACAAUCUUGAGCAAGUCUAUUUCAUUAUAGGCACUGCCAAUUAAUUUUUAAUGAAAUUUGAUGAAGCCAUCGAUGGCUAUCAAAAUUGCAUUAGUUAAAACCCUAAAAAUUCUGAAGCUUAUUUUCAACUUGGAAAUGUAUAUAAAUAAGAUAAACAAAUUGAAGAUGCCCAAAAGGCUUUUGAAUAGGCAGUCAAGAUAAAUCCUUCAAAUAGUGUGUAUAAAUAAGCAUUAGGUAUUUAUAAAUUGAAAUUGCAAUUAGAUAAUAUAACUAAUGAAAAGUCAUUUUUAUAAGAGUAUAGAAACAGUCUCCUUUUUACUUUGAUUACAUUUAUUGGAAGUUGUUAACUCGAUCCUAAAUCUCCAGAUUUUGAUAAAUAGCAAAAUGAAAAAUAUUUAACAUUGUUAACUUUGAUGGAAGCCCAUUUAAAAAAAAGAUUCAAUACUUUAGAUAAGCACUUUGAAUAAUUAAAAGAAUUGAUUGGUAAAUCCUACGAUAUGAAAUUAACUUUAAUUGAUGACACAUUGUUUCCUAUUAUGCAAUUUUGGCAUAAUUAGAAAAUAUGUAAAAAAAAGAAAGAUAAUAAUGACUUGGUUGUGUCUAUGAUAAACUCUGUCAAAUCUAUGAUUAAUUCAAAUAAUGAAAAGAUAUUGAAUUCCAUUUAAAAUGAAAAAUCUUUAAAUAAUCGGUUUUGUGUUGAAUUUUUAUCAAAAAGUCAACAUGAAUCAUAUCAAAAGGUGAGUGGGAAUGCAGGUUUACAAGAUGGAAUAAAAAUACUUGGCUUCUUAAUUAAAUAUCAUAAAGAAUUCAAUUCAGAAACUAAAAGUUUCCCUGAAUUCAUUGCAAAUAAAUACGUAGCUGAUGAGAUAUAGAUUUUUCAUGAUUCAUAUUACCGUCCAAAUGAUUGAUUAGAUGAUUUUAUUUGAUUAAAUUUGAUAAAUUAUAAAAAGUAUAUA